AUGGCUAGAGGAAGAGUAGGACGUCAGGCCAAGAAAUCUCUGGCAUCUAAACCAUCUUCAGCCAAGACUACAGCUUCAUCUUCUAAGGAAUCCCCGGUAAAACUACCUCCAAAACAAAGGAUCGACAUCAAAAAAGGACUGAAUUUGGACGAAGUAAGUUGAGUUAUAACAAGAUUUGGGUUGAGUAAGUUGUUUUUAUUAUAUUUUAUGUUUUUAGUGGUCUCGACAACACUGGAAUUACUUCUUUGAUUCGUCUGUAGUGGAUAAGAUCUACAACGAGCUUGUCUUGAAGUCGUUCAAUGUUAAGGAGGUGAAUAAAUAUGAGUUUUCACAGUAUUUGGAGCGAUAUUUGUGGCCGAAUUUAGAUGUGAAGAAAGCGAACAAAGCCCAUAUUUUAUCUAUAGUAGUCUUGAUAAAUGCUAAGUUUAGAGAGAGGGUUAAUCCAUGGAAUGUAAGUUUUUGCUUUACUUACUUGUUGUUGUAGCUAAAAAUACGUUUUUUCUUUGAAUAUACGUUAACAUAUAGUUAAAACUAAACUUUUAAUACAAAGAAGUAUCUUUUCUAAUGUUUUAAUUAACUUUAUUUCAGUGUGUCGUCCAAUCGCCAGAAAGUUUUCCAGCUUUCUUCAGGAAGGUAUUGGAAUACUCGUUACAGAACAGUUUGCCAUUCUUGGAACAAAAUGUGUUGAUUACUUUCAUUUCUCAUUGUGUAAACUCUUUGGAAAUUGACUGUGUGCGAGCUGAAACGGUCAAGUUGGCUUCUCUGGCUUGUUGGCAAUGUUUAGGAGAGGUAAGGAUGUUAUAGUUGAUCAAAUGUACAAUUUUAAUAGUUUUUUGUAAGAUAUGUUUAUUUUUGUAAAGUAAAAGUAAAAUACGUUCAUCAUUACAAAGUGAUGCUAAAAUAGUUAUAAGAAUGAAUUAUAACUUUUUAUAAAGGGUUAGAAGCUUUUUACAUUUUAUACGGUUUAUAUUAUACUUAAUAUUCGGGAUUUUAGAAAUACCGAGAGAAAUUGCUUGGAGCCAGCACUAAAUUCCGAAAAUAUUGGAACAAAAUGAAUAAAGCUUUCGAUACGAUGCCUGCGGAGAAAAGAGCAGAAAAUGAAUUUUAUGCAAAUGUAAUUUGGAAGUUAAUUCGACAUUUUAAGCUUAUUAUCACUGAAUUGGACGAUGAAAAUAUCAGUAAGUCGUUUGGUCAUUUUUUUUGGAUUUUAGGUAUUAGAUGAGGAAUUGAAUUUGAUGGUAUACGCUUUACUACUCUUACUUUCAGCAUUCGACCCAGACGCUGCGAUGUACUGUGAAAAGUUUGUCCUACUAUUAAUCGACUUAGAAUGUCAACUUACAACUCGUCGGUUCCUUCAUGCUCUGAUCGUCUACUCUCACUGUAUUAUCCAUGCCAUCACUUCUCAGUUCUACCUAAGUGAACCAGGAACAUUGUUCUUCAAGCUGAUGAGGUUACUGUUGUUUUAUGUCAAAUUCGAAGUUGAGAAUUGGAACGGAUAUCCAUUAUCAUUGGCCGAGAUUCAGAGGAAUCACUACGACUUUGUGAAUCGACUUCAAGUCAUUGCUUUUAGGUAUUUUAAGGAGAAAUCUUCUGAUUUCUGUCUUUUGAAUGUUGGAAGUAUUGACACGAGGGCAUUUUUUGGAAAAGGAGUUGAAGAAGUAUAGGUAAGUAGAUGUGUUAUAUUGAGGAUGAUAUGUUUUGGGUUCUAUUAGUUUUCAUUGUCUUUUUUAAUAAUUUUAAUUGAUAAUAUUGUCGUUUUAGCAAAGAAGAGCUAUUUAAAAUGGCAUAUGAGAUGGAUUUGAUUGGUAAGCUUGAAGAAGGUGACGAUGAAAGACUGAAGGAUUCUGAAUAUCUCAAAGAAAUUCUUGUAAGUUUGUUUUUAAACAAUUUGUAGCUUUAAAAUUUUUUAAAAGCUUUUUGCUAUUAUUAUAUUAUGUAAAAAAGUCAAAAAUAUUUAACUUUUUAUUAUUCAACGUUGUUAUUAAAAAUACUAUUAUAGAUCUUCCACACAACCAGACCAAUCUCUCAGCUUGACAAAAUCAACGCUCAACCUUUAUAUCCGAAUGAACAAGUUAUUUGGGAUGAGAAUCUGGUCCCGUACGAUGAGUAUAAUGGUGAAGGUGUACUUCCUCUCAACCGUCUUAACCUACAGUUCCUAACUCUACAUGAUUACCUACUGAGAAACUUUAACUUGUUCCAAAUGGAGUCAACAUACGAAAUACGAUCGGAUCUUGAGGAUGUACUCUUCAGAAUGAGACCGUACAAACACGAGAUGCUGGAUAACGUAGUGUGGGGAGGUUGGGCCAGAAUGGCACUGCCAAUUACUACUACUAGAAUUGUUCAUGUUGGAAAACCGUUUGUAGGCUACGAUUGUCCUUCUGAAGUCAAGGCUGAUGUCACGGUGAAUUUGCCAAAAAGAACUGAUUUGAGAAGGGAAUGGGAAGGGCUGAGACAGAACGACGUGCUGUUCCUGGUCACGGUGGUACCAAUAUUCCCGGUUGGUAGCAGGUUUGAUGUCAGAAGGCCAUUUAAGGAGCAGUUUAGGGUAAGUUUUGUGCUUUUCUGAUGGAUAAUAUAGUUUUAAAUGUUUUUUAGGCAUAUUUAUAAAGAUAUUGUGUAAAUUUUUAAAAUUUUUAGGCAUAUUAAAAAUGAAAACCGAUAAAGAUUUGAUUAUAAUAUUUUUAGAUUGAAGCUGUCAGAGGAUGUGAAGUCGAAGGAAUCCUAAACAAUGAAAAAGAAGUCAUCGACGAACAGAACAUGAACAUGCUCCGAGCUCUUCACGGUGAUGCCAGAACGUUCAGAGUACGAUUGGACCCGAAUCAGUACAAAGCAGACACCGAACGAACUGACAUCUACUUCAAGUUCAACCUAAUGAUCAGAAGAGAUGCUAAAUCAAACAAUUUUAAAGCUGUGCUAGCUACAAUCAGACAGUUGUUGAACACGGAAUGUGUCGUACCAGACUGGAUCCACGAUGUGCUACUGGGCUACGGUGAGCCAGAUGCUGCUCACUACAAAAAGCUACCAAAUGCGGUUACUUCACUCAACUUUAACGAUACCUUUUUGGAUAUAGAGCAUCUGAAGAAAAGUUUUGAAGGAGAAGAACUGAAGAUCGCCGAGUAUGUUACAGUACCUCCAUUCAAGCUCACAUUCAAUGAACUGAACCCACAACACGAUAAAGAAGUUCAGGACAAGAGCAUCGUGGUCGAAGCAGAAGCCUUGGAUGCCGUGCAAAGGGAGUUGAAGAUCGAAACCAGGAAAAACGCUGUUCCGUUCACGGCUGCUCAGAUCGAAGCCAUCAAAUCUGGAAUGGAGCCAGGCCUGACGAUGGUAGUCGGACCUCCAGGUACAGGUAAAACCGAUGUGGCAGUACAAAUCAUCUCCAACAUCUACCACAACUGGCCAGAAGAACGAACUCUGAUUGUCACUCACUCCAAUCAGGCAUUGAACCAGUUAUUCGAGAAGAUCAUGGCAUUAGACAUCGAUGAAAGACAUCUACUACGUUUAGGUCAUGGUGAAGAAGAACUAGAGACUACUAAGGAUUUCAGUAGAAAUGGCAGAGUCAACUACGUUCUCAAUGAAAGGGUCAAACUACUAAAACAGGUAGCCAGACUAAGAUUGUCACUGAACGAACAAGGAGAGGUCGAGAGUUCAUGUGAAAAUGCAGGCUACUUCUUCAGGUAUACUGUAACAAGAACAUGGGAGAACUUUUUGGAGGAAAUCGAGGCUGUAAAGGAGAAGGAGAAAGACUUUGUCAAGAACAAGUUCCCCUUCACAAAGUAUUUUGUGGAAGGAGAACAAGAGUUGUUUAAGGCCGAGAGCUUUGAUGAGGAUCUGGAAAAGGCGAACGCUUGUUGGGAGUUUAUCAGAAGAAUAUUUAUGAAGUUGGACGAGUUCAGGGCGUUUGAGCUGCUGAGGAAUGGUAAGAUAUACAAUUUUUUGAGACUUUUUGAUGUUAUAGCAGAUUUAUGGUAGAUUUAAAGGUUUAGUCACACAUUACAUGAAAUUUCUUCAGGAAAAGAAAGAGCUGAUUACCUGUUGACCAGAGAAGCCAAGAUUAUCGCCAUGACCUGUACUCACGCCGCAUUAAAGCGCAAAGAUCUGGUCGAACUAGGAUUCCACUAUGAUAACAUCUUGAUGGAAGAGUCGGCCCAAAUCCUUGAAGUCGAGACCUUCAUCCCUCUACUGCUACAAGAAUCCAACGACGGAAUCAACCGUCUGAAGCGAUGGAUCAUGAUUGGAGACCACCACCAGUUACCUCCAGUCGUCCAGAACCCAGCCUAUCAGAAGUAUAGUAACAUGGAGCAGUCUUUGUUCGCCAGGUUCAUCAGAUUGGGAGUACCAAGUGUACAGCUCGAUGCUCAAGGUCGUGCUCGACCAGAGAUUGCAGAGUUGUAUAACUGGAGGUAUAAGACCUUGGGUAAUCUACCACAUGUUCUUAACCAUGACAUGUUCAUCAAGUGUAACCCUGGCUUCCAGUUCACGUAUCAGUUCAUUGAUGUACCUGACUUUAAUGGAGCUGGAGAGACUACGCCUUCUGCUUACUUUUAUCAGGUAUUUUUGGGUUUUUUUGUGAUAUAGGGUUUAAAAUGGCAUUUUCACAUUAAGUGCGUUUUUUAAUUUUUAGGUAACAAAUUGGCUGUUUAGCUCGUAUUGAUUUGAAAAUAAGCUUUUUUGAUUAUUUUUAAAUAUGUUUUGUUGUUCUAGCUAACAAAACUCUUUGCAGAAUCUUGGAGAAGCCGAAUACGCUGCCCAACUUUACAUUUACAUGAGGAUAUUGGGGUAUCCGGCUGAUAAAAUCACUAUUCUCACGACUUACAACGGUCAACGAUCACUGUUGUACGAUAUAUUUGACAGAAGAUGCAAAGAGAACCCGCUACUCGGAAUGCCACAUAUCAUCUCGACUGUGGACAAGUAUCAAGGUCAACAGAACGACUACGUGAUAUUGUCAUUGGUUAGAACGAGGAACAUUGGUCAUUUGAGAGACAUCAGACGUCUGGUUGUAGCCAUGUCUCGUGCCAGAUUGGGGCUUUACAUCUUGGGAAGAAAGACGUUGUUCAACCGAUGUUUGGAGUUGCAGCCGGUUUUUAGAAAAGUAAGCUUAUAUAGGAUGACUUAAUGUUUUAGGCACAUUUUUUGACGAAAAUGUUCAAUUUAUUAUGUAAAACAUAGUUAUGUUUUUCAUACAAACAAUAAAGCUACUUUUUACUUAACAAACAAUGAUAUUUUAGCUAGAAGAACGCCCCACCAACCUAUGUCUAUUCCCAUCAGAAUCAUUUGAUGAAACCACGAGAAAAGCUGACGAGAAGCCGGGGCUAAGGAUCACUCAAAUUAAGGAUACUGUCCAUAUGGCUAACUUUGUCACAGAAUUCUACAAGGCUAAUCUGGAGCUGCUACAAAGCAAGUACGAAGCUACUAUGGCAAAGGACGAAACGGUUGAGGUUAUGGAGGUAGGUUUUUAAGAUUUACAUUGAUAUUUUGGAUGGAUAAAACAAUGUUUUUGUGUUCUAAAAGCUGGAUUUUUAUAAGAAAAGCUAUAGGAUAUACUAUUUGCGGUCAAAAAGUAAAUGAAAAAUUGAAUAAUGUAGAGUUUUAGAUGAAUUUUACAGUUUUCUUUGUGAAAAAUGCCUUUAUUAAAGCAAAUUUUGAUGUUAUUAUAGGUUGAAGAAGAAAAGAAAGAAGAAGAAAAAGCUCCAGAAGUCCCAAUUCCAUUACAAUCGACCAAAAAAGACAAGGAAUCCACCGAAGGCAACAUUAUGUUUGAGGAAAUUGACUUUGAACGACUGGAGAAGCCUCCAACUUAUGGUUAG